UCUUCAUUUCAGAUCGAUGACAUUCUACUUACACUUAGCUUGAGCGAACACCGCAAUACUCUAACACGCAAUCUGUCUGGCGGCCAAAAGAAACGUCUCUCCAUCGCUCUGGAACUUGUCAGCAAUCCACCGAUUAUGUUCUUCGAUGAGCCUACUUCUGGGCUGGACAGCUCCACUUGCUUCCAAUGCAUACACUUGCUCAAGAUGUUGGCCGCUGGCGGACGCACCAUCAUUUGUACCAUCCAUCAACCGUCGGCACGUCUCUUCGAAAUGUUCGAUCAACUGUAUACGCUAUCCGAUGGCCAGUGUGUCUAUCAGGGUAGCACCAAGCAGUUGGUGCCAUUCCUCUCGACGCUCGGUUUGGAAUGCCCCAGUUACCACAAUCCGGCGAGUUAUGUUAUCGAGGUGGCCUGUGGCGAACAUGGCGAUCACACGCGCAAACUGGUCGAUGCCAUUGACAAUGGCAAGAAGGAUAUUCGCACUGUUGCUGAUUACGAGGGACUAAAACUGCGAAAUGAUUUGGUAAAAGUACACAAUUUAAAGACAAUGUUGGAUAAGAACGCCAUGACGAAUACGGCGAGUGGAGGUAAAUAUGAGGAGAAUCUAACGCUCAACAAUGGAAUUUUAAAUGGCAAUCUGGUGAAUGAUAUCGUGAAGAAUUCGAAUGUAUCGGCGGCUGCAGCGUCUUCAAGUACUGUUGCAGUGCCAGUCGUGAGCACAAAUGAGAAGGGUGAUGCGAUAGUUGAUGUUGAAAAGGCGGAUAAUUGUACAACGGCACUAUUGUCAGAGGAGAUUACUUCGCCGGAACGUUAUCCCACAUCGCAAUUCCAUCAGUUCUGGGUUGUAUUACGGCGUACGUUGCUCUUCAGCUAUCGCGAUUGGACUCUUAUGUACUUGCGUUUAUUUGCUCAUUUGUUGGUUGGCUUUCUUAUCGGCGCACUCUACUAUCACAUUGGCAAUGAUGGUGCUAAAGUUUUGAGCAAUCUGGGUUUCCUGUUCUUCAAUAUGUUGUUCUUGAUGUACACUUCGAUGACCAUAACGAUUCUGUCAUUCCCUCUUGAGAUGCCGGUGUUGCUUAAAGAGAACUUUAAUCGUUGGUACUCGCUCAAAUCCUACUAUCUGGCCAUUUCGGUUGCUGAUCUUCCCUUUCAAGCAAUAUUUUGCGUCGUCUACGUAAGCAUCGUCUAUUAUUUCACCUCCCAACCAUGGGAACUCUUCCGAUAUGCAAUGUUCUUAGCCGCUUGCUUGAUGAUCGCAUUCGUUGCUCAAUCGGUGGGUCUGGUUGUUGGUGCAGCCAUGAAUGUGCAGAAUGGUGUGUUCUUGGCGCCCGUCAUGUCUGUGCCAUUCCUGCUCUUCUCCGGCUUCUUCGUUUCCUUCGACGCGAUACCUAUCUAUCUGCGCUGGAUUACCUACCUGUCGUACAUCCGCUAUGGUUUCGAGGGCACCGCUUUGGCCACUUAUGGUUACAGCCGCGAGAAACUAAAGUGCUUCCAGACCUACUGUCACUUCAAGUCGCCACUUACCACGCUGGAGGAAUUGGAUAUGGUCGAUGCUAACUUCACACUCGAUAUUGUUGCACUGGUCGUUAUCUUUGUGGUUUUGCGAAUUUCCGCAUAUCUCUUCUUGCGCUGGAAGCUGAGAACGGCACGAUAAGUGUGGAAAAGCGGAUUGGAUUACGCUUUAAAUUAUUUUUUUUUUUGUUUUUCUACUAUGCCUUUAUGAUUUCUUGUGCUUAGAUCGUUUUUAAGUAUUGAGAGUUCUUUGGCUAGAUGUUUUUCUAUACACACACACACACUAUUUUACUAGGUGAUAAUAACUAUAUGUAUAUGUAUGUAAACGAAAAGUGAUGUAUAAAUUUUGUUAAGCAUAAAUUUAGGUUAAAUUUACUAGCUGUGUGGAAUGUGGGUUAAAAGAUUAUAAUUGACAAAAAAAUAUAUAUCUAAAUAAGCAACAGCAGACACGCAUAUUGUGGGGGAGCAUAAAUUCAAAAAAAAAAUAAAAUAUUUAUGCUCACCCAAAGCCAAUUUUUACAAAAUAUUGAAAGCAAAAUAAUGAACAAAUGUUAGGCAUAAACAGUGUAUAACAUAUAUCAUUAGAAUAAGCAUUGAAUACUUUGUAUAUAUAUACAUGUUUAGAAAAUUUAUAAAUUAUAAAAUUUUUUUUAUCAAAUUGCGAAUCAGAGCUAAAAUCACAAACAAAAUGUAACUGCAAAUAUAAGUAAUGUAAACAAAAAAAAAACAAAAACAAAAAACAACAACUUAAAUGGCUGCUUUUGUAAGCUUAACGGAAUUGCAAUUAUAUGACUUUUUAUUGAUGUGCUGAAUAUGUAACUUUUUGGAGACAUUUUUUAUGUAAUUUUUUUAAAUAUUUACUGUUAACGACAAAUACAUACAUACAUACAUAUAUACAACAACAACUUAAAAGGAAUACGACAUAUUAAUUCCAAAAAAAUAAAAAAAUUAAAUCAAUAAUUGGUAGUUCUGCAUAAAGUUCUAUCUUGAAGAAGAACUGACAGAAAGUAAAUCAAAAUCUAUUGCCAGUUCAGUUUACGAAGUAUUCCACUGGGUACUUUUUUAUAAAUGGUGUUUUUUAUUGACAUAUUUAAUCAUAAAUGUUAAGUGUAUUUAUAGGAACUAAAAAGCUUUACAAGCAAUUUAAAAUACAUACAUACAUCUGUGGAAUUUUUGUGUAGUCCGAGUAUUGUUUAAUAAACGAAAAUAAAUCUAUUUUGUGGAAACAAA